GUAUAAAUUCAGAUCCGCACGUUAACCAAAUCGCAAUUCGCACUUCAGAGUCCUAUCGCUUUCCACGUAAGUCACACACAAGCUCCAAAAAACAGAAACACUGAAUUCACCGCCGAUGGAGAUCGACGGCAACGUUCUCGCCGCCAAGUCGUUGGUCCGCUUCGGCGUGCGCCAUAUGUUCGGCGUGGUGGGAAUUCCGGUGACUUCGCUGGCAAACCGCGCCGUCGCCCUCGGCGUCCGAUUCAUCGCCUUCCACAAUGAGCAGUCCGCGGGCUACGCCGCCUCUGCCUACGGCUACCUCACCGCGACACCCGGCGUUUUCCUCACCGUCUCCGGCCCCGGCUGCGUCCACGGCCUCGCCGGCCUCUCUAAUGCCUCUAUCAACACCUGGCCUACCGUCCUGAUCUCCGGCUCCUGCGACCAGGCCGACGUCGGCCGCGGCGACUUCCAGGAACUCAACCAGAUUGAAGCCACCAAGCCUUUCUCCAAACUCUCCGUCAGAGCCUCUCACAUCUCCGAAAUCCCGGCCCGUGUGGCCCAAGUUUUGGAAUGGGCCCAAUCAGGCCGGCCGGGUGGGUGCUACUUAGAUCUCCCCACCGAUGUCUUACAUCAAAAGAUAUCAGAAUCCGAAGCGGAAAAACUCUUGACCGAAGUGGAAAAAAACCGCGCGAAACCCGAACCUUAUUCUAUUUCCAAUUCGAAGAUCGAAGAAGCUGUUUCUCUGCUUAGACGNUGGUGUAUAAAUUCAGAUCCGCACGUUAACCAAAUCGCAAUUCGCACUUCAGAGUCCUAUCGCUUUCCACGUAAGUCACACACAAGCUCCAAAAAACAGAAACACUGA